CGGAUAAACAGACUUCAAAGUUUCGUAGUGCUUGCAGCGCAGGAACACGCAGAGGGAGAGUCGGUGUCCGCGUGCGCAUGUUUGCCGCGAAUCUUACUUCGAAUCCUUAUACAUUUAAUAUUUUAAUAUUUCUGGUGAUACAUUUCUGGUGAAUUGCUAUUUGUCACAUGGUUUUGAACACUUUUCACGCAAUGUCAAUACUGAAAUAACAUCAUGUUGAAGUGACAAGUGAGAAAUGGGAAUAUAUCCUCCGGAAAGGCACGAAGAUGGAUGAAAUGGAAAACAUAAGUAUCUGCGAGACACCUUGCAUCACGAUAAACUCGAGCAAUCGCAGUUGGCACGACAGUGUUAAUGACAGUGGUUAUGUGUCUAUUACUCCGCAUUCUGGCGGGUAUACACCAAUAAUUUCAAGAUACAGGUCUAGAGUGAGAGCUACUCCAGAUUAUACAGGAAGAGAAACGGUGGAUAUAUUGGCGCUCCUUGGAGACAAAAGCAAUCAUUGGAGGAUAGUAUCUAAAAUAUUAUCCUUCCUUGGACCGCAGGAUCUUUGUUCGAUCAGUAUGGUGUCCAAAACAUGGAAGAGAAUCUGUAUGAACGAUUCUAGGGCCAAUACUCGAAGACUGAUCCAUGUAAUACUCAGACAGAAUGCUAAGGAAAAUCUAAAAUUAAUUAAAAAGUCAAAGAUGGAAGGAGAUAUUCAAAGCAGUCCUAGGAGCAGAUACGCCAGGAAAGGAUACUUGUUAGAGGUACAGAAUCUUCUCCAAGUACCAGGAAAUCAACUAUCACCUAGCAGUCCACCUGUUUCUCCCAGCAAAGUAAAAUUCCACUCUUUCGUCAAGGCUAGUCGUACACUCGCACCCUGGGAACAUUUGUUACCUUGCCCGAGGUGUUCAUUUCCCUGCCACGUGGACGGCGAGAAAAACGUGGGAACAUGUUCGAGGCAAGGUUGCUCCAUGGAAUUUUGCACCUUCUGUUCAUCGAGGCCACACACUGGUCCUUGUAAAACACCGCUAUUAGCCACACCGACCAAGAGGAAUAAACGGCGGCUGAUCAUUGGCUCGAGACAGAGUAAACGAAACCUCAGGAGAUUAUGAGCGCUUUCGUUGGAAAACGUCGUCGAUCGUCGGGAGUGUCUUAUUAAAUGAAUUUCAUCCAAAAAGAAAAAAAAAAAAAAGAAGAAGAAGAAGAAGAAAAAGAAAUCAUAACGCAUCUUUCGACGAAAAUUAAAUUAUAAUCUUGUUGCACAGUGCGAGCGCGCGCGUGUCGAGAAUUGCGAGGAAUAUUAUACUUGGGGAUUAUUUAACUGCUGUGACACGUAGUAUUUUAAAAAUCUAAGUGGUUCGCAACCGAAAGAAAGGAUCGAUUAAAUUGUGCGUCUAAAACGUGUGAAACUUAUCCGUAUUUUACAUUUUACGAAAUUUUAAAGAAACUUGUAACUUGUGAUUUGUGAAUCGUAAAAAAAGAUGGGAUAUUAAUGGUAGUAUAUUAUGGACACACACACACACACACACACACACACAGACAGAUACGCACAAAUAAUCGUCACACUAUAUUUUUAUAAAUCAGAGGGAUGGCGAUUCAAAUUAUUCCCCUUUUAUAACUUUUCUCGCUUCCGAACCACUUGCGAUAUUCGUUUAAUCGGGCAAGCAAAUGGAGGAGAGAGCAAGAGCUAGCGAACUCUUGGUUACUAAACAGCAGUCCAUCGACGUAAAAGCCACAUAAGACACGCCUUUUGGAUUGUUAUUGAUUCCGCGGUGAGUUAGUGGGAAGUCUAUGAAAUUUUAAAACGCGGUCUCACGACGUUGUUAAAUUCAAACUCUGCAAAUUGAAUAUCACCUGUUUAAGAAUCAUAAAUUCGCGAUGUGAUUGAGUUUUAGCUGCUGCGCGAUUAACUCGACUUUUACGUGGCUCUUAAAUUACAUAAUUGAGUCGAAGAGGAGAUUCGACGUAUCCCUGAAUGUUUUGCUUGGUGAGGCGGAGAAGAGAGACGGGACCGUGGAUCGUCGAUUAACAAUACGGAUAAGAAAUACAGAAAGAGAGAAAAAAGAAAAUACAUACGAGGAAAGAAUAUAAGAACCGAGUCGUAAAACUUUUAAGGGCAUGAGCCGACGCUUCGCGUCGACCACUUUUUACUCGGUUAAAGGCAUCGUGUGUCGCGACUUAAUGAAGCCAGUAAAGAGAAGACGGUUGGUUAGAAACCAAGUUGCACUCUUUUCGUCCGACUGAUUUUUUCUAUUUACGCAAACGCUCUUUCGUGACACGAUAACCGCCGAAAUAUAGUGCAGCGCGUCUUCUCUAGAACGCGGAUAUACCAGCUUUUGACUUUCCUACGAAUCGUUUGCCUUAUUAAUUAACUGGUUGUGCGUUUUCUCUGCCCCCUUCGCCGUAGUCUGCAGAGUUUCAUUCGUGACGCAUCGCUAACAAAAAGAAUAUAACCGAAUCAAGGUAAGAACGCCAAUUAAAGUAGAUCGCCGAAAGAAGGAUGUGGCCAACCGCUGAAUCGUAAUAAAAUGAAACGGUGCCGCUAAAUGUUGCCGGAAUGAAACUGAAUUUGUUCGUGUCUUGUUUUUAAAUAUUUAUCGACUCGAUGAAAGGGGACGGGGUUAUUUUGAUUUUAAUACCUUGACCAAAUAUAUCUAUGUUUUUAUGCUUUUAUUGCGAACAAUAAUCCGUUAAGAGAGUACAACGCGUUGUCCACGAAAAGACUCGACAAGCAUCUCAAUUGAUUAAAUUAUUUCUUUGUCUCUCGAUGUUUGUCAAUGCUUUUAUCGUAGUAAUGUUAUUAGAUAAAUUGAGAACAUUUAAACACGUUCGUCAGGCAGGAAAAAAAGCGUUUCUAGUUUCUUAAACUUUAUCCCUGGCUAAGUUGCAGAGCGAUAUAUAGUAGCCGGAAAUUGUUGACUAAUUUUUAGUAAAAUGUAUCUUGCGCAAUUUAAUCCCGUCUUACCUUACUGUUCGUCGAAUCGUAAUCCCUCGAUGCGCACGUUCUUUCUCUCUUAUCGCUUGCUCUCCUCCUAAGAUGCGAUUCUCUCUCCAAAGAGAACAUGGAAAUGUUUUAUCUCGCGUGUGUACGUAUUGCUGCUAGUCUUAUAAAAUACGAGGUCAAAAAGGGAUUGCCAUGACUCGUAAAAAGGGUCGCUCAAAAAGUAUUAUUGAAGUAUGUAUGUAGCUAUAGGAAUAGUAAGAUAACAAGUUGUAUGAGUCAAGUAUCGGGGGAUAAAGAGGAGCGGUAAUGACGAAAUCUUCUCGAUGAUGGAGAGUUACCUUUGAUCCUUUAUCGAUUGUAAUUUACCAUAUCUGGAAUUCAUGGAAUUUUUUUGAACAAAAAUUAAAGGUUGGUUCAGACGGGAUUGAAUAGUUUGCGGUCAACUAGCAAGUGAAGUCGAUAAUUUGUGGAUGAUUCUGUUUCAUUGUGGAUGAUUUUCGAGAAAAACGGAUGGUUCUUCAAGGGGGGGGGGAGGGGUAAGAAGAAGAAAAAAGAGCAACAUCGCUUUUAUCCUCGCUUCGUUUGCAGGGAUUAUCCACAGUAAAACGGUAUAAAUUCGGCUUUAUCCGCUAGUUGACUGUAAACUACUCAAUCGUGUUUGAGCGCGGACGGUCGAACGACGCGCUGUGUCGGGUCUCUCUCAAUCCGUACUAACGUACAUUCGCGUACAUACGCAGACAAGUGAUCACCAAGUAAUCAAGUCUUUUCUUUUCUUUUUUUUCUUUCUCUCUUUUUUUUUUUUUUUGCUCUCUGUGCUGCGAAUAGAGUCAGUUUAAAUAUCGAGCGAGUGAGACAGACCGAUGACAAUAUCGAUUCCCGCUGCGACCGAUAAACCGGCAAUGCAUAUGUAUAUGUAUAUGCGGUAUGUAUGAUUCUUCUUGUGACGCAAAAACAAUUUUGCAGUGCAAACUGAUCGGAAUUGACUCCGACUGUUAGAAUCUCAGGUUUGAUUUCCUUCAGUUCCAGCGGGUACAAUCUCCUUUUAAAUGAAGUUUUCGUCAAUAUUGCGCUCAGGGUUUCAACGUUCGAACCGGUACAAAAAACGAGGAUACACUUUUGUGCCAUUAUGUAAUUUACGCCAUAAGAAUUGCCAUAACGUAUGUUUUUUUUUCUUUUUUUCUUUUUUAAAUUAUUUUUAACGUUUUUUUCGCCCUUCUUGGGAGCCAUACUUUAUUUUUUACAUUGUUCGUAGUGUUCUAGUAGUAUGCCAUAUCGAUUCUUUGUACGUCCGUUUUAAUGUUCGAAUCAAACGUCAAUUUAUUUUAUUUAAUAUUUGUUCCCUUCUCUUUGUUCGUUCGAACGUUAUUUUUGUACCGGUGUAUGCUGGAUCGCGAAAGACUGCAUGUAAAUAACCAGCGCAUAGUAAUAUAUUCGUAUUCGGUUGAAUUUCGUGAUCGAUAUACAAAUUUCGUUUUUAAUCGCUCUCUUCCGAUAAAAGAAAUGAACAUUUCUUUUAAUCUGAUAUCUCUGUGAACCCAUGACAUAUAUGUAUGUAUAUAUAAUUUAUAAUAAGAUAUCUUCUCUAUUUUAUUUAUUUUCUAUACGAUCAAUUGGCCGUCAAAAGAAUAAAGAACAGAGACUAUUUUACCGAAAUUGAUACCGAUAUGUAUGAAGAUUUCAUUUAAUCGUAUCUCAUUCCAUAUGUUAUAUCGUGUCGUCAAAUCUUUGAUUGAUCUUAACGUUAACCAAAUGAAAUUUUAUAUUAAGUUUAUUACUAAUAAAACGAGUAUUGCGAUAUCGAUCACGAAAUCUCUACUUUGUAAACAGAAAAAGAAAGAUUUAUUAUAGUAUGACUCUUUAAGUAAAAAUCCAAAUAAUUUCUAUGAAAUGUCGUAAAAUGAUCCUGUGUUUCGUUAUUUUCAUAUAUGCAUUUAGUUCCGUAUCGUUUUGUCCAUGUAUGUAAAUGUAUUUUAUUUAUUACAAGAACAAAUAAUAUGUGUACAUUGAAACUUAUGCCGUGAAUUUAGAAAAUUAGUGGUGUGCAAAAAUAUCAUAACUUUUAUUUUAAUUAGCAAAGCGUGUAUAGCUAAUUUAUUAAAAAUUUUAUUAACAUCGAUUAAUAAUCAAUUGAAAUUAAAUAUUUUUAUUCUUCAUGGUAAAUAUUUUUUAAUCGCGAUACAGACGACUUGUUAUGUUCUUCAAAGGAAUUUUAAUUUCAUUGACAAUUUUAGAAAAAUUUUAUUGUCGCUUGUCGUAUUACCGUUUUAAAUUCAUUUCAUGUUGUAUCAUCAAAGGUUUUUACCGAAUGUAAGAGUAAACAGUGAAAAGUAAAGUAUCGUUUCUGUUCUAAUUCCUCGAUUCAGUAAAACAGUGUUGUUUCACGGAUGUUGAAAUGUUCUAUAAGAUCGAGACUAAAUUAGCAUAGUAUACUUGAGGGGGCAAAUAUUUUAUCAAGGAAAUAUGGAAAAUUAAUUGUUUAUCGUCCGCAAAACAAAUUAUUAGACACUCGAUGGUCCUAUUUAAUGUAUGACAAACCUUUAGUUUUUUUAAAUCAUUAUUUUACCUAAUGAAGCAUUUCUAUACAUAGAUUCCUAUAAACGUGUUUUCUCUGUUGGAUAUUUCCAAUACGCUAUAUGCCUCCCGAUAUCUUUCGAUGCCGUAAUGACUUGGUUCUGAUUCUUUAAACCACUAUUUCUAAGAUAUAAAAAGAAAAAAAUAUAAUCGAUAUAAAGGCACGUGUAUCGUUUAAUACGAAUAUCUGCAUUUUUAACGAGAUUGAGAUACGAUGAUGAGAUACAUACAUAUAUAGUACAUAAGAUGGGUCAUUAGUAUUAUUACGCUGUAUAUGAUAUGUUCAUGUAAUAAAGAGAAGAAAAAUGGAAAGACAAUCAUAUGAAAAAAAGGCAUUGCAUAGGCAAUUGGGGAAUUACUCAGUGGGGAAGAUCGUUAUUUUUUAAAUACUUCUCCGAUAAUUUGCGGCAUAAGUAUCAUCUCUUCAAUUAAGUAUCGUAAUUUCCUUUGGAUAAAAGCUUAAGCAAAGAUAACGACGACGGAUCAUUUUAAAACAGCGUGGGUACAGCGAGCACGCACGACAUUUCUGUGAUAUAGGACAAUACCAUUCCAGUGUACAUAGUGUUUUUAAUCUUUAGAUGAUCAUUAAUACGCUCAAAGACUUAAUCAAAAGUUCGAAUGUAUUGUACAUAUUGUUAGUAGCGUUCUAGGUCGAGCAAUGGAAAUGCUAUUUUAUAAUUAUUUACAUAAUAUUUUGCGUACUGUCGCCUCGAAAGCCGUUGAAAUCGAUUGGUAAAAGAUACAAGAUGUAAAGUUCAGUGCGUUUGAGGUCGAGCUAGAAGGAUGCCAAAAUUUUCGCGAACGAGGCUGCAGGAUUACUAUUUUACGUAUAGAUACCAGAGAAAUAUCUAACAAUUGUAGCAUAUGUAAAUUUAAGGUUACAUGUUCGAUAAGAGCUCAGAGAAAAGCGAUCGUUGUGCGAUGUAUAUAUAAAAUGUGGCCUUCUGAAGUGUAGUAUAUUCUUACUUAUUGUUAGUAUUGUGCAAAUAGUGCCUCGAAGAUGAGAUAUAUAUACACACACACACACACCCACACACACACCCACACACACACCCACACACAUAAUCAUCAUCAUCAUCAUCAUCAUCAUCAUCAUCAUCAUCAUCAUCAUCAUCAUAUCGUGUCAUAUAAUUUGUGUGUGUGCGCGUGUGUGCGCGUGCGUGUGCGCGUGUGUGCGCGUGCGUGUGCGCGUGCGUGUGCGCGCACGUGUGUGUGUGUGGGUACGUAUAAUUAAACUAAGGUUAGCGAUUAAGCGAUUUAUCCGAUCUAUAUUGCGAAUAAAGAAAAAAAUAGUAUAUAAAUUUUACAUUAUUCUUUUCGCAUUAACUUUUGUGUUGUUUCGUGUCAGUGAUAAACAAUGAUCAAAUCACACAGUCGUUAAUCUUAAUUUAAUUCAUACUACGCUAUACGUAUUACUUUUUGGAGGAUUGAUGCGAAUAAAAGGUAUGGAAAGUCUCAUGUUGAGUAAAAUGAAAAUGUGCCAAGUACAUUAAAAUCCUCAAAAACUCGAGUUUAUAGGAAAUAUCGAUAAAUAAAUUACUUAUUAGUUAAUCGAAAUGAUUCUCACAUCUCAAAUACGAAACUGAUAAGAAAAGAUUUUCGAUUUAAUCAUCCUUCAAAAGGACAAACAUCUGCUCUCUUAUUUACCAAUUUUCGUUACUGUAUACGCGCGCAAAUAUUUGAAGAAAUAUUUCGUUUAUAAACGGGAGUAUGUCUUUGGGUUAGUCCUGUUGUAUGUUUAGACGUUACCAGGAUCCAAAAUAUUUAAAGUGCCAGCUUUUAAUGUUAAAAAAUCGUUCAUUACAUUUUACAUAUACAUAGUACGAAAGAUAAAAGAGAUUAUUUUUCAUGAUAUUUCAUUAAUAUGUCAAUUUAAAGGGAAAAUAAUCUAACGAAAUAGGCUAGAAAGUGCAACAAUAAAUUGUAUUUGUUAAAAGAGUUAUGCUAACGUUCUUUUUGUUCAUAUUUAUGUAUAUGAUAAUAUAUUAAAAUGUUACAAGACAUUAAUAUGAUAUUGAUACGCAGCAGCAUAUGUCAUAAAAGCCUUGUUUUUAAAAUUAAGUCUGUCGCUGUACAUAAAGCUGUACAUAAAGCAGCGGAAAUUCAUAUCUUAUGCAAAAGACGAGAGUAAUCUGAUUGUUGUAAUGCUGUUUGGAAAUCCCAAUUUUGAAUUUAACAAAAAGGAUUUUUACAAAUAUCUCUUUUAUCGUUUCUAGCGGAUUACACAGUUUUGCCUGUGAAUUUUAAUACUCAGGAAAUACCUUGAUAAUAACUCGUUUUAGAAUAAGCUUAAACUUACGUUUAGUAACAAUAAGUUAAUAUUUUUCGAAUAAUAAUAAUAAUGUAGAGUACUUUAAAAUGCGAAACGUUAGCAUCGGGAGGGACGGUACCAAAUAAAAGAGCAUUGUUAAUGCAAUAAAUUAAGAGGUUUAUGUUUCCUUAGCGAACAUACUGUUUUAAUAAGUAUAAUGUAUGCUCUUCCUCUUCUCUAUACUUAAGAUUUCUCGAGGAUAAAUUAACUUGGGAACGCUCAAUACCUUCUUCUUUCUUUUUCUACUAUUAUAGUUCUGAAUGCAUUGAGAAUAAGUUAAAUUAUAUUCGAUAUCAUUGUUCGACUAGAAGAUUAAUUUGUAUACUCGGGUUGUCCUAAUAAUAUUUUGUAAGCCCACUCAGGGCCGGUUCCUGUAUUUUGUCAAUUCAAAUAUAGUCAAUUAAUUAUAAAUCAGA